AUGACCCUGGGGAUGAUCCGACAACGUUAUUGGAUCCCUAGAGGCCGAGCCAUCGUAAAACAACAAAUUCUUCGCUGCGUGACUUGUGUGCAGGCGGCGACGCCACAGCAACUGAUGGGCAGCCUGCCUCGCGAACGGGUGACGCCAGCUCGACCCUUCUUACACACCGGCGUCGACUACGCCGAACCUAUUUUGUUGCGGACAACAAAAGGAAGAGGCCAUCGAGCGUACAAGGCUUUCAUCUCCGUAUUCAUCUGCCUUUCCACAAGGGCCGUGCAUCUGGAGAUCGUAUCGGACUAUACGGCGGAGGCCUUCUUGGCGGCAUUGCGUCGUUUCACUUCUCGUUGCGGAUUGUGCCAGACCAUCCACAGUGACUGCGGGACGACUUUCGUGGGAGCUGACGCACAGCUAUGGGCCUUCUUCGCGGCCAGCAGUCCCGAACAACGAGCGAUAGUCAGGCAGCUCGCCGCCGAUAGAAUUACAUGGUGA